GGCCACGCCCACAAGCAGCCCCCACCAACCGAGGCGAAAGAAAGAAAGAGGGAGGGUGUCAUAUAAGCGUUUGUAAGGGCAGCGGCGGGAGGGCAGGCAGGCUUUUGUACGCGCGGCUCUUCCCACAUUGCUUUCUCCCCCCUCCCCUUCUCUUUUAGCUUCCGGCGCUUCCGCUCAUCAUCAUCACCUCAACCGCAUCCUCUUCUCUCUCUCUCUCUUCCCCUCCCCCUCUAAUACUAUCGCCAGCACCAACCGCCACUGCAGGCUCCGCCCACUUUGCGCGCUCGCGCUCGCCCUCGCCCGCUCGCCCGCCUCGUGCCGGACAAUAGCGGCGCUGCCGCAGCAGCCGAGCGGUGUCUCGCGCAAGUUGAGCCCCGGCGACGCAGUUGGAGAGCGCAGCCACCUGGGCCCCAAUGGGGAGCUGCUGCUGCUCCUUCUUCGCCUCUCCCGAGUCUCCCCUCACAGCCUUCGCUGGGCUUUGUAUCCUCUGAGGGAGGGAGGGAAGCGAACGAGCAAGCAAGCAAGGCGGGGACGGGGCUUCUCCUUCCCUCUCUCCGCCGGGCUUCCUCUUCCCCUCCGGGCCUGGGGGACGGGCAGGUGAGAGCAGCGGGGGCCUGGGCCUGGCUUUUCGCGGGCACCCCAGGAGGCGAGGUGGCGGCGGCGGCGGUGGCGCCUCUCCGUUUCACCCAUGGAAGUAUGUUACCAGCUGCCCGUGCUGCCCCUGGACCGGCCGGUCCCGCAGCACGUCCUCAGCCGCCGAGGGGCCAUCAGCUUCAGCUCCAGCUCCGCGCUCUUCGGCUGCCCCAACCCCCGGCAGCUCUCGCAGAGACGUGGUGCAAUUUCCUAUGACAGUUCUGAUCAAACUGCACUAUACAUUCGCAUGCUAGGAGAUGUACGAGUAAGAAGUCGGGCAGGAUUUGAAACAGAGAGAAGAGGUUCUCAUCCAUACAUUGAUUUCCGUAUUUUUCACUCAAAUUCUGAAAUUGAAGUUUCUGUGUCUGCAAGAAACGUCCGAAGGUUACUAAGUUUCCAGCGGUACUUGAGAUCUUCCCGAUUCUUCCGUGGUAUAACUCUUCCAAACUCUUCAAACUUUUUAGAUGAUGAUUACAAUGGACAAGCUAAGUGUAUGCUAGAAAAAGUUGGAAACUGGAAUUUUGAUAUCUUCCUUUUUGACAGGCUAACAAAUGGAAACAGUUUAGUCACCUUAACCUUCCACUUGUUUAAUCUUCAUGGACUGAUAGAGCACUUCCAACUAGAUACAAUGAAGCUACGCAGAUUUUUAGUAAUGGUCCAAGAAGAUUACCACAGUCAAAACCCAUAUCACAAUGCAGUUCAUGCUGCUGAUGUGACUCAGGCCAUGCACUGUUAUUUAAAAGAACCCAAGCUUUCCCAGUCUCUAACUCCAUGGGAUGUUCUGGUCAGUUUAAUUGCAGCUGCCGCUCAUGAUUUGGAUCACCCAGGUGUUAAUCAGCCUUUCCUUAUUAAAACAAACCAUUAUUUAGCAACUUUAUACAAGAAUACCUCAGUAUUAGAAAAUCAUCACUGGAGAUCAGCAGUGGGGUUGUUGAGAGAGUCUGGAUUAUUUGCACAUAUGUCACUAGAAACAAGGCAGCUGAUGGAAAGCCAGAUAGGUGCACUGAUUCUUGCCACUGAUAUAAGUCGGCAAAAUGAGUAUCUGUCUCUAUUUCGCACUCAUUUGGACAAAGAGGACUUAUGCUUAGAACAGGAGAAUCAUCGUCAUCUUGUACUUCAGAUGGCCUUGAAAUGUGCUGAUAUUUGUAAUCCCUGCCGGACCUGGGAACUGAGCAAGCAGUGGAGUGAGAAAGUAACGGAAGAGUUCUUUCACCAAGGGGAUGUUGAGAAAAAAUAUGGCUUGGGUGUGAGUCCACUGUGUGAUCGAGAGACAGAAACCAUGGCAAACAUCCAGAUUGGUUUUAUUACCUAUUUGGUGGAGCCGUUGUUUGCAGAGUGGGCCCGUUUUUCAAACACCAAGCUGUCUCAAACAAUGCUUGGUCAUUUAGGACUCAAUAAAGCUAGUUGGAAAGGAGUGCACCGAGAGCAAUCCAGCAGUGGAGACGAUACUGAUCCUGCAUUUGAGGAAAUGGACUCUGACAUAGUACCUCAGGAACACUGACCAUCCUGACCCUGGGAACUGAUCAACAAACUGCCUCUUGCUUGGUAUCUGCAGAGGAGGGUUUGAGGAUACAUUUUGUCUGACUGCCAAGGUUUCAGUGUAAACAAUGCCAGCAUUAUUUAUUUCCAAGGUUUUCUUUUGAUAAACCAUUUGAGCCCAAGUUUCAGUUAUAAGACCUGAACACAGCAAUAUGCGUAUGCCUUGGUUGGCUUCUGCAUGGAUCCCUGAAUAUGCAAACGAGAAGUGAACGAACCUUGACUGGGAACCGUACAAAAUAUAUUGUUACAUGCCACAUUGUUUUGUUUUUAUUUGUUUUUAGGGGAAAUUUGAAAUAAGGCCUUUAGAGUCGCUGCAUGACAUGGAUGAUUCUAUUUUCUUGGAAUUUAAAUAAGACUCCAUUCAGUCUCUGCCCAAAAUGUGGAAAUGUGAAGUGCCCAUACUUGGCUGCCUUGGGCAAGAACUGAUGUUUACAAAUGUACUUUGAAACUAUAGAUUCUAGAUUAAAUUUCUGCAUGGCUGCGAAGGAACCACUAACCCAAAAGAUCAAAUCUGAAUCUGCAGCUCAUUCUCCUCUUACCAAGAUAAAAGUCUCCCAUGUGUGAGAUUCUUGGCCAUGCAUUUGGAACAGAACAUCUAACGUGAAGCACAGCCAAACUUUACUCCAGUGCAGAAUGGGAAUGCAAUUAUAGCAGGCAGAAAUUACUGAAUUUAGAAAGGUGGGCGGAUGGGUGGGAUUGGUUGGGUCGGGUUGGGUGGGGAAGAGAGGAAGUGUCCUAAUUGUGUUAAGAUUCUGCAGUGGAAACAUUUGCAUGUUGUUUUCACUAUUGUACACUUGAACUGCACAUGCAAGUAAAAAAAAAAAGGUGGAAUGAUUACGAACACCAGAAACAGCUCAGGGUAUUUGCCGAUUGAAAAUAAAGUGGGAUGGGAAGUGUGUCCGUCAGAACAAGGGUACAAGCGCCCCUUUCGCUGCAGUGUGCGUGUGUGUACGUGUGGCUGUGUGAGUGGAUAUUUGGGGGGAGGGGGGAAGGGGAUGUCGGGACAGAUUUGAAAGGCAAUUUUUUUUAAUUUAUUCUUUUUAGAAUGUGACAUUUUCAUGAGCAGCCAUGGGGGGAAAUGAACAGGUUGCUACAGCUGCCUUAAACUAUGCACAAAGCUAAGUGACCAAAUUUUGUUGUUGAUUGAAAAAAGUGCAUUGUUUACUUAUUCCUCCCUCUACUGAAA